UCCCGAACCUCGUCGUCUGUCGCUAUCUCUGGGAGACGCUGCACAGAAAUGACACGGAAUUUGAGACACACCAGUGGAAUGAGCACGAGGCACCCCGAUGCAGAGGCCGAGAUAAUAAUCGGGCUGCACCAGCGCCAGAAUCAGGGCAGGCAUGUAGUGGGGGAGAAUGUCGCGGUGACACAAAUGUCACCCGCGACAUGUCGCCCUGUCGCACCGGACGCGGCCAAUGUCGCGCCGCUCCCUUGCCCAAUCGGGCUAAUUACACGCGUCCCCAUCACUUUUCACUUUUCACCAACCACCACUUUCUUACUCCACCACCUCCACCAUGUCCACCCCCUCGCGUAAGAGACAAGCAGAUGACGACACACAGCCCUCUUCACCCAUACUAGGCUCCAGUCCCCAGCUUCCGCCCUCGUCGCCAGCAAUUCCGUUCGAACAGCCAGAUGAAGAAGACGAGAUCCACAACGACAUUGCGGAUUUGAAUCCUUCGGACGAGGAGGAGGGUGAAGACUUGAUGAACAACCUCGAGCGUGACUAUCGCGAGCGUGCCGACCAGGACCACUAUGACUUAGGCGACGGAAACAUCGACGACGACCAAUACGAGGAAAUGGACGCAGCCAGCAGAAGACGGAUUGACGAGCAAUUGAACCGUAGGGACGAGAUCCUCGGGGGCUCGGGACGGUCCAGAAGACACGCGUUUUUGGACGAGGACUUGGAUGAAGAUAUGGACGACUCCAUGGACCAGUACGGAUUGCCAAUCCAGAGAAGAAGAAGAAGAGACUACGACGACCUCGACCACGACGACGAGGCCGAGGACAUCGAGAUCGACCCGUUCAAUGAAGAGCUCUCGUUGGAGAGUUUGACGGACAUCAAGGCUCCCAGCAUCACCGAGUGGAUCCUCCAGCCAGCAGUGUCCCGUUCCAUCGCCAGGGAGCUCAAGUCGUUCUUGUUGGAGUACACAGACGACAAGGGUCGUUCCGUGUACGGUGCCAGAAUCAGGACGUUGGGUGAAAUCAACGCAGAGUCCUUGGAGGUCACCUACCACCACCUUGCGGACUCCAAGGCCAUUUUGGCCCUCUUUUUGGCCACAUCACCCACGGAAAUGCUCAAGAUCUUCGACAUCGUGGCCAUGGAGGCCACCGAGUUGCACUACCCCAACUACUCGCAGAUCCACCUGGAGAUCCACGUCCGAAUCGCAGGCUUUCCCAACCAGCUCAACCUUCGAGACUUGCGGGAGAACAACUUGAACCAGUUGGUCAAGAUCGUAGGCGUGGUUACACGUCGUACAGGCGUGUUUCCCCAGCUCAAGUACGUCAAGUUCGACUGCUUGAAGUGUGGGGUUGUUUUGGGUCCAUUUAUCCAGGACUCCAACACUGAAGUCAGGGUAUCGUUCUGCACCAACUGCCAGUCCAAGGGCCCGUUCAAGAUCAACUCGGAAAAGACCCUCUACCGUAACUACCAGCGCAUCACCCUCCAGGAGAGUCCUGGCACGGUUCCAGCUGGAAGACUUCCUCGCCACCGAGAAAUCAUCAUGUUGUCGGACUUGGUGGACCAGGCCAAGCCAGGUGAGGAAAUCGAGGUCACAGGUGUGUACAAGAACAACUUCGACGGCCAGUUGAACGUUAAGAACGGGUUUCCCGUAUUUGCCACUAUCAUCGAGGCCAACUCCAUCCGUCGCAAAGAAGCAGCAGGUGACAGCGCCUCUGCUGCCUGGACGGAAGAGGAGGAACGGGAGUUCCGCAAGUUGGCCCAGGAAAGAGGUAUCAUCGACAAGAUCAUCGGGUCGAUGGCUCCGUCCAUCUACGGCCACAGGGACAUCAAAACCGCGUUGGCAUGCUCGUUGUUUGGGGGAGUGCCAAAAGACGUCAACGGCAAGUUAUCCAUCAGAGGUGACAUCAACGUGCUCCUUCUAGGCGAUCCCGGAACAGCCAAGUCCCAGAUCUUGAAGUACGCCGAAAAGACCGCCAAUCGUGCCGUUUUUGCUACCGGACAGGGCGCUUCCGCUGUGGGGUUGACAGCAUCCGUCAGAAAGGACCCUGUGACCCGUGAGUGGACAUUGGAGGGUGGUGCCUUGGUGCUUGCCGACAAGGGCACCUGCUUGAUCGACGAGUUCGACAAGAUGAACGACCAGGACAGAACGUCCAUCCACGAAGCCAUGGAACAACAGCUGAUUUCCAUCUCCAAGGCGGGAAUCGUCACCACCCUCCAGGCUCGGUGCUCGAUCAUCGCUGCUGCCAACCCUACGGGUGGUAAGUACAACUCCACCUUACCAUUGUCGCAGAACGUGGAUCUUACUGAGCCCAUUUUGUCCAGAUUUGACAUCUUGUGCAUCGUCAGAGACUUGGUGAACCCCGAGCUGGACGAAAGGUUGGCCAGCUUCGUCAUCGAUAGUCACAUGAGAUCGCAUCCCACCGAGGCAGGCGACGAGGAUGACGAAAACACCGACUCCAGGCAGGCCAGGACAGAAAGAUUGAACCAGCAGAAGGAAAGCGAAAUCUCGCCCAUUCCCCAGGACUUGCUUGCCAAAUACAUCCACUACGCCAGAGUCAAGGUCCAACCCAAGUUGCACCAGAUGGACAUGGACAAGGUGUCCAGGGUGUAUGUGGACUUGAGAAAGGAGUCCAUCAGCACUGGAUCGUUCCCUAUCACUGUCAGACACUUGGAAAGUAUUUUGAGAAUCGCCGAGGCUUUUGCCAAGAUGAGAUUGAGCGACUUCGUCAGCCAGAACGACUUGAACAGGGCCAUCAAGGUCAGCAUCGACAGUUUCGUGGGGGCCCAGAAGGUGACUGUCAGAAGACAGUUGCAAAGAUCGUUCCAGAAGUACACCUUGCCUACCCGCAGAAGAGAGUAGAUGGGGUCUUGGUGAACUAGGUGAGGACCUGUGGGUUUUGUUCUUGUGUGUAUUAUAACUAGGGUAUUUGCUCCGUUGAGGAGUCUAUAGCUAUAUUAUUUUGUAAUUUGAGGUAUGAU